CUGGAUUACAACAAAAUAAUAUAAAAUAAUAAUCAUCCCCAUCCCAACUGGAUCAUUCACCAGCACCACCAGCAGCGUCAAUGGAGCCCACAAAGCUUCCUCAAAUGAGCGCUUGCUACGAAAACCAGAAUCCAACAGCAGAGAAGCAGAGAAACCAUAAUCCGGAUGCAAUACCUGACUUAGUGCCAACCUCUAUCGGUUCCUCAUCUUCUUCUUCAUCUUCAGCUGAACCUGAACGAGAGCGAGUUCUUCUUUGCGCUUUGCCGCUCCGGUUUGACCAGCGGUACUAGUAGCUGCAGCUGCGACUUCUGCAGCAAUGUUCGGCGGCGGCGGCGGAGGGAGUGUGUACUGGGGGAGGAGGAGGAGGAGCAGGGAAUUCAAAGGGAUCGUGGUGAUAUUCGCUUGGGUUUCCGCUCAGCCGGUGGAUUUGAGGAGCCUCGUCGAUUUGUAUUCCUCUCUCGGCUGGAAUUCUCUCGUUUCCCAUGCCGAUUUCCUCACCGCGUUUGAUCCUGAUAAAGCCAUUUCUUUGGCUUUUCUCCUCCUCAGUGAACUCGUCCAGGAGCUAAGGGUUCGGCCAUGUCCAGUUGUCUUUGUGGCUCUUUCUGGUGGUUCAAAAGCUUGCAUGUCCAAGGUUUUUCAGAUUAUCCAAGGGUCAUGUGAAGGUCACCUUAACCUGGAUGAAAGCCGUUUAGUUGGAAACUGUUUCUCUGGGCAUAUCUAUGAUUCUAGCCCAGUAGACUUUACAAGUGAUUUGGCUGCCCAGUUUGCUCUUCCUGUCAUUCAGAAAAUGCCCGGCCCAUCAAAAUUCAUGUCUUGGUUGGCAAAAGGGGUCACUUCUGGUCUUGACGGUUUGCACCUUACUAGGUUUGAGUACCAGCGUGCACAGUAUUGGCAGAAUCUGUACUCUUCAGCUGAGUUGGGGGCUCCAUACCUGAUUUUGUGCUCAGCUAAUGAUGAGGUUGCACCUUGUAACGUUAUCUGUGAAUUCAGCCAACAGCUACAAGUACUCGGGGCAGAUGUCGCUCUUCUGAAGUUGCAUUCUUCUCCUCACCUAGGUCACUACAAGCAUCAUCCAACCCCAUACAGCACUGCAGUGACCAAUUUCCUAGAGAAAGCUGCAUCAGUUUACUGUCAAAGAAUCCAACAACUAGAAGAGGGGUUAAAGAUGGAUGAUAUGCAUCACAAAAUAUCAAACUUAGUAUGCGACCUUCAGCAAGUGGCAGUCGACUCAAACGAAGGGUUGAAAAGAGUUCCACCAGUUCUGCCCAAUGAUGACUUCUUUGCACCAAGUUCUUCCAAAGACUAUAACAACAAAGAGUCGGAAUCUCCACAAGAUGAAGGGAAAGCCAGCUCCUCCAUAAACCUAACGAGCCCCCCCAGAAUCAGCGCUCAUGGCGUUCUUGGCCAGGCACUCUUCGAUGUUUGCGUCCCCAAGUAUGUGGACGGAUGGGAUAUCAGGUUUUCUGGAUGCCUCAAUGGGAAACCUGUUGCUUCUGCUGGCAAGCGCCCGCAUCUCCAGGCCUUGAAACGCUUUCGCCGCUCGAGAUUAUAGUGCUUGCAUGCUACGAGACGAGUUAGCAAGCCAGUGACGUGUUUCGGGGGACCAUUUUGAGGCUGGUCCAUGUUUUUUGGGAUGUAGAAGUGUACAGGCAAUGCAAGAAGUAUGGCGAUAUGUAGAGCAAGCCAAAUCCGCAAAUGCUGGGCGUGCAAAGGGUCCAAAGAUUUGCGUCGAGGCAUAGAGGAUAAGGUGUAAAUACUUAUCUAUACUUGAAGAACAAAGGUACAUAUGUAGUCUUGGUAUUGUAAUGACAUAGAAACAAACCAACAUAGCGCAAUGCGUCGUAAUAUGUCGCGGUUGAUGACUUGAUGUACAAGUAUGUAUGAAAAAUGACCAAGUCUGAUGCUAAGUUAGAAAUUGUGUUUGGAACUGGGUUGCUAUUUUAGGGUUUGAUUGAAGGGGGAGAAAUGACUAAAGAAGCGGGAAGUAAGAGAAGAGAAGCAGAUUUUUCGGACCAGGUAGCAGUUAUCAUCUCAAUGAACAG